AGCAGAACACCAAAGCGGCGGUUCGCUGCUUUAAACGGUUUAAAUUUCCUGUGUUCGAGUUUGUUGCGUCCUAAAGUCACUUGUACAUUAAAGGAACGUGUAAACCGGAUUAGCGCGCUGUGGAUUAACGUCUUGGUGAACAGAUGUGAACAUGGCCUCGAAGAGAGACCAACUUCUGAUUGUUGUGUCCAUUCUGGAAGGACGUCACUUCCCAAAGAGUGGUCGCCUUAGUCUGGUGGUGCAGGCGAGUUUUGAUGGAGAGCAGCUCGCCACUGAUCCAGUUGAGCACAGAGAGCAACCACAGUUCAGCACUGAGCUGGCUUGGGAGCUGGACCGCAAGACCCUACACCAACACAGACUGCAGAGAACUCCAAUCAAGCUUCAAUGUUUUACUGUUGACUCAGUCAGCAAGAAGAGAGAGGGCAUCGGCUACAUCAUCCUCGACCUGCGAUCAGUACAGGAGGCCAAACAGGAGCCUCGCUGGCUUCCACUGCUGAGCAGUAAGUACACCAAACAGAGGCCCGAACUCCUCCUCUGCAUCACGCUGGAGAAUGACACCAAGUCCUCUGACCCCUCUCCAGAAAGGUUCAAAGCCAGGAAAGCCCCGCCCCGACAAGGUUCUCCUGCAGUAACUGAGCUGCUCCCAGAGAAGCUGGAGGCUGUACUGAUCCCAGACCAGGGUCACCAUCAGGUCGGACCUGCUGAUCACUGCAGCGACAUGUUCAUCCUGUCCGUCACUGUCGCAUUCGCCACUAGACUAGAACAGCGUUCCCUGCGUUGUUCCUCACAGUUGAUCCCAAACACCAUGAAGCUGUCUGCUGAAGGGUCAAACUUCUUCUUCUACUACUCUUUACUGGGCAACGACAUCACCAGUGAGCCUUUCCAGAGCCUACUGAGUCCUGACUUUGAGCCGGAGCGCGCCUCUGUGCGCAUCCGGAGCAACAAACUGAUCCUCAAGUCUUUCCUGUCUCAGCAGCCCAGUUUACAGAUCCACCUGUGCUGUGGGAAUCACUCUCUGGGCAGUACAGACGUGUCUCUUUCAGCUCUGGCUGCUGUUUCUGUGGAUCUGGAGAAUAAGGCAGCCGUAGUGGAGGGAGUGUUUGUCCUCAAACCUCCAAAGCACAUCACACAAACUUUGCCUGUGCUACCUGUUGAUCUGCAGCCAACUGUCAGUGUUUCCAUUACUCUGAGAAGAGAGGAUGUCACAUCACAGAUUUCAGGGAACAAAGAUGAUGGUGGAGCUCAGACACAGUCCAUCCCUCUUGCUCCUCCUCCUGCUGAAUCGAGACAUCACAGCACUUCUCCAGUCCAAAAACCUCCUAUCUCUUUGACUACAGCUACUCCUCAUCGUCCUUCUUUCUCCCACACAGAGUGUGAGGACAGUUUACUGGAGGAGCAUCAUCGUGGUAAAGAGCCGAGGGGGCCGACAGCUGCAGAUGUGGAGGUUCUUGUGCAGCUGCAGAGGCAGAACAGAGCUACAGACGAGGGCAGGGCAUCAUCUAUCGGCAUUUCUGCUCCCAAAGUGUCCAUCCCAUCCUCCACCCAUCACUACAACUUCUCUCUGUACCUGCGAAGCCUGGGAGGCCUUACCCUGACACAUCCCAUUGCUGCUACACUCAGGUAUUCAUAUCCGUUCUUCAGCAGUCCAGCGCCCAUUAUUACCAGCCCUCCCGUGGAGCUGCGGAGUAACAUGGAGGUGUCGCUGCCUCAGUCCUACUGCGCCUUCGAUUUUGCUUCCUUACCGCAGCAGCUGCAUGACACCUUCCUCAGAGUUCCUCUCAGGAUAGAAGUGUGGGACAGAGACUCCACCAAUCGAGACCGGUUGAUUGGACAAGCCUCAGUCCAGCUAUCUCACCUGCUGAGCUCUGAGAAGAUCAGGUUUCCGACAUCGACGGGAGAUCAGAGCUGGAAGCAAACUUAUCAGGACCUAAUUCCUGUGGUCAGCACACAACACCCAUCUGAGAAGGUCGCAGAGUUGAGCUACUUGGCAACGCUGGAGGACCUCGGACUGGUCCAAGCCAGAGACGGCAUUUUGUCAGACUUUUUGCCGAAUGAGGUCACCCCCACACAUCCGCCCUCCUACCCUGCAGCACCCAGACCUGCUUCUCCCAGCCUGCCUGCUGCCCCCCUGGGCCCCACAGCCCCAAGAGAAACCCUUGAGUACCGCAAAGCCCUGGAGCUGGAGCUGUGGAAGGAGCAGCAGGAGGAGAUGUUCACUGAUCAGUUGAAGAGGAAGGAGCUGAGCUACAUGCAGACAUUAAGAGACGAAUGGAAGAAAAGGGAUCAGGAGAGAGAAGCUCUGGUCAGAAAGAAGGAGGCGGAGUUAAAUCUACUGGAGGAGCAGCUUCAGAAGUCACUGUCUGAUUUGGAGAAAAGAGAGAAACAGCUGGCAGAAGCAGAGCUCCACACCCAGAGGCUGCAGAGGGAACUGAAAACAGAGCAUGAGCUGAGCCAGAGGGAACUGCAAGAGAGCAGCAGGAGGCUGCAGCAGGAGUGUGACCACCGGGUGGCGCUAGAGAGAGAGAAAGUGCUACUGAUGGAGGAGGAGAGAACCCGGGUGCUGCAGCAGAUUUCAGACGCAGAGUCUCGAUACAAACAGCUGGAGAAAGAGUUUCAGUCCUACAGAGAACAACAGAACAUGAGACCUGAGUUCAAACUGCAGUCAGAGAUGAACCUGCUGAUGCUGGAGAAGGUGGAACUGGAGAGAAAGCUGGAAACCACCACCAAGUCCAAGCUUCAUUACAAGCAGCAGUGGGGACGAGCCUUAAAAGAACUGGCCAGGUUCAAACAGCGUGAACAGGAAAACACCAUGAUGCGUUUGAAGAAGCAGCAGACAGAGCUGGAGGCCAUGAGGCAGCAUUACCUAGCAACAGAGGAGAAGGAAGCAGACCGACAAGAGAGGCGGGAGCUGGACGACAUCAGAAAUGAGCUCAACAGAUUAAAGCAGCAGGAAAGAUUAGGCCCUGCCUCUUCCAUGUCUGGCCCCGCCCCUGCCAUGGGUCUGAAUGAGAGCGCUGAGGAACAUCUGAGCCGCCUGCUGGAGGAGAGAGACACUCUGCUGAGGACAGGUGUCUACACCCACCAAGACAGAAUCAUCGCUGAGCUCAACAGACAAAUACAGGAAGCCAUGACGGACAAAUUAUAAUUAUUAUCUCUUUGAUAACUGAAUGUGACCAUUGCAAGAUUAAUUCUCACUGUGUAAGACGGAAGAAAUGAAAUGCCCUUACAAGGUCAUUUUAUAAUUAGAUUGUCUGUUUUCUCAGUAAAAACUGUGAGAAUCAUUUUUCAUAUCGGAGGAGAAGGUCAAUAUCUUGGCAACUGAAGUCAUUCUGAAUCAAUUAACAUGUUUGAUUUCUUCAUUAGUUCCUUUUUUUCUGGCAAGAUUUUUGUUUGUGCAGAGAUUUAUCAAAAUAAGGUAUUAAUUCAUGCAUCCAGGCAAAAGUCUAUUAUUAUUAUUAUUAUAUUAUAUUAUUUCAUUGAUAUUCAUUUGAGCAAUUCAGUUUUUAUACAGAAAGCAAAAAGGUCUCUCCCAAAAUACAAAACUAUUCUUUUUUAGUAUAGAGUAAAAUAUAAAGUAUUGAUUUGAUAAAUAAUUAUACAACUAAAAUCAAGUGUAAAAAGAAAAUAGUACUCAUUUUUACACUUAAUUUGUUUGUUUAAUCAAAUUAAAAGGCUUGUUUUUCAUCACACUUUUUCCUCGCUUUUAAUCACUCGCUUUUUACAUGUUAUUUUAUUCAAUUGACUUCAAUUUAUAACAUUAGUUCCUUGAUAUUAAACCAAAUGGAGUAAAUGUGUGAAAACGUGUUUAUAUAUUUAUGUUUGUCUUGUGUCUUUGUGUUUUUAAGUUGUUUUGAAAUGUCACUCAAAGUCCUUUAUACUUUGCAGCCAAACAGUGAAUCAAUGGACAGAAAAUGUUUUAAUUAUUUUUAAAAGCUGAACAUAUGCUGCUGUUCUUUAGUUAGAAAUGCAUCAUGUUCUCAUUUAUCAUGUCAUAUUUUUUUUUCAUUUUCUCUAAAUGUAGAAAUUUGUAGAAUUAAUGUUGUGCUUCUACUUUAACUUAUAUUGUCUGUGAAGUAAGAUGAUUUCAAAUCAGCUGCAGAUUCAUUUCUCUGACAUUCCAGAAUUAUCUAAUAAAUAAUUGAUUCAUCAUAAUAAAUAAAAACGUAAAGCAGCAAAUGUUCACAUUUCUAAUGUGAUUAAUUUUUGUUCUUGCUUUAAUGAAUAAUUUAAUAAUCAUAAAAUGAUCAAAGUGAUUUAACUCUGAUGAAUUACUUUUUAAUCUAAUCUGCUACGUUAAUGGACUAAAACAUCAAAUCAUCAGAAUGCUGAAGUGAAUCUGUGACGACGUCAUCAGUGGACAAAGUGUUUCUGCUGCUGAUGAAAGGUUAUUACCUGACAGUAGGUGGCGCUGCAGCCUUAGAUAAGACUGACCUAAAGAUACUGUGAGACUUUGAUCUGUUUAUAUGUGGGGAGAAUAGGUUUGGAUUAAAUGUCCAAUGAGUGUGUAUUUAUAAUAUUUUCUACCAAACAUUUGUUUAUAAACAGUUUUUUUAAAAGUACAGACUAGAGAUUUUAUUUUUAAAUAAGUAAAGAUUUGUGUUUUUGUUUGUUUUGUUUACCACAGCUUGUAAAUACUGAUGACAUUUAAUUUAUUUUACAGUUCAUAAAGUACCACUGUAUUUUAAUAGGGUUUUUACCUCAUUUUAUUUUAAAUAAACAC